CCCAGACAGCUGCUAUAGAGGCUGGCUGACAUGGAUAUUACCAGUAGCAUCCAGUAUUAAUAAAAUAACCUAGUAUCCACUGGGGCAGCAAAAUCCAAUAUCACAGACAGUACUGGGAACUUAUUGCAUGAAUAACUCAUGCAGUAUUUAUUUCAGCCAUGUCCAAAAGCCUGAAAAAGAAAAGCCACUGGACCAACAAAGUCCACGAAAUUGUCAUUUGCAGGAAUAAAGAAGGCGAGCUUGGGUUUGAAUUGAAAGGAGGCGCUGAGAAUGGGCAGUUCUCCUAUGUCGGAGAAAUAAAGCAAGGCAAGGUUGUCUGUCAGAGUGGAAAACUGUCCCAGGAUGAGCUACUGUUGGAGGUCAAUGAUACUCCAGUGGCUGGACUCACCAUCAGGGAUGUGUUAGCCGUUGUCAAACACUGCAAAGAUCCCAUCAGGCUGAAAUGUGUCAAACAAGGGGGUAUAGUUGACAAAGACCUUCGCCACUACCUCAAUUUACGGUUCCAGAAGGGCUCCGUGGAUCACGAGCUUCAGCAAAUCAUUCGAGAUAACCUCUACCUCCGGACAGUGCCGUGUACAACAAGGCAGCCUAAGGAGGGAGAGGUCCCAGGGGUGGACUAUAAUUUUGUAACUGUUGACCAGUUUAUGGAAUUAGAGAAGAGUGGAGCUUUAUUAGAAAGUGGGACAUAUGAAGAUAACUAUUACGGCACACCCAAACCACCAGCUGAACCAACCCCCUUGCUGCUAAAUGUAACAGACCAGAUCUUACCAGGCGCCAGACCUAGUGCCGAGGGGAAACGGAAGCGAAACAAGUCAGUUAGCAACAUGGAGAAGGCCGGCAUCGAUCCUCCAGAGGAAGAGGAAGAGGAGAGACCCGUUGUCAAUGGCAACGGUGUAGCAAUAACUCCAGAAUCCAGUGAACAUGAAGAUAAAAGUACAGAUGCCUCAGGUGAGAUACCUCCACAGCCAUACACAACACCGACGUUCGGCCACACUGAGGGGCCAAAAGAGGAGGGGGAGCCAGCAAAACAGCCCACAAAACCUGACGAGAAUGAAGAGCUGGGACCACUGCCUGACAACUGGGAGAUGGCCUACACUGAGAAAGGAGAAGUCUACUUCAUUGAUCACAACACCAAGACGACAUCAUGGCUUGAUCCACGGCUUGCAAAAAAGGCUAAGCCCCCGGAAGAAUGCAAAGAGGAUGAACUUCCAUAUGGCUGGGAGAAAAUUGAUGACCCUAUUUACGGCAGUUAUUACGUUGAUCACAUAAACAGAAGGACCCAGUUUGAAAACCCUGUUCUUGAAGCAAAGAGAAGACUACAGCAGCAGCAAAUGCCAAACCAAGAUCUCUCCUCACAGCCUUUGCAGGCUGUCCAAGUCUUCCGAGUAGAGGGCUCCUCAUCAACAUUACCUAGGCCUAAACUUGCUCACUUCGGCCCUGCACCCGAGCGUUCCCGCAGUAUGAGUGACCUGUCCCAGUUUCCAAGCGGCAGUGCUGGAUUGUACAGGCUGCAUGAAAAGCCACUCUUUACUCGGGAUGCCACGCAGCUGAAGGGAACCUUCCUGUCUACGGCAUUGAAGAAGAGCAGCAUGGGAUUUGGCUUCACUAUAAUAGGUGGGGACGAGCCUGAUGAGUUUCUGCAGGUGAAAAGUGUCAUACCUGAAGGGCCAGCAGCACAAGAUGGCAAAAUGGACACAGGUGAUGUCAUUGUCUAUAUCAAUGAUGUCUGUGUCCUGGGUCACACACACGCGGAUGUGGUCAAGCUCUUCCAAUCGGUUCCGAUUGGUCAGAGUGUUAGCCUGGUGCUAUGCCGUGGAUACCCUUUGCCCUAUGAUCCCGAAGACCCUGCUAGUAGCAUGAUAUCUCCCAUGGGGAUGAUGGAAAGACCACCUGUUUUGGUGAAUGGAAGAAGUAACUAUGACAAUUACAUGGAGUACCUUUCACGGACCUCUCGAUUUAUGCAGGACCACACAGAACAACUGCCCCAGCAGUCCCUACCCCCCCACCCUGGGGACACUCACCUAGAUGGCCAGCUGCCUCCCCCUAUACAUGAGGAUAAUGUAUCUAUGGCAUCCUCUGGGGCAACACAAUCUGAACUCAUGACCAUAACCAUUGUGAAAGGAGCUGAUGGGUUUGGGUUCACCAUAGCUGACAGCCCCACUGGACAAAGGGUGAAGCAGAUACUGGAUGCCCAGGGCUGUCCAGGCUUGUGCGAAGGAGACCUCAUUGUAGAGAUUAACCAGCAGAAUGUGCAGAGCCUCAGCCACACCCAGGUUGUGGAUCUACUGAAAGAAUGUCCAAUGGGAAGCGAGACAUCCUUGGUCAUCCAAAGGGGAGGAGUCACACUCAGUAAAGUCAGCUUGGUGGAUUACUUUGAAGUGCUCAGUGUAGGGUUGCCACCUGAUCCCGUAAUUGCAGAAGGCUCUGAAACAGGUCACUUUUCACCAUGGAAGACCUCUAAACAGGUGUUGGAGCAGUGGGAUGUCCAAGGCAGCCCCCAGACCAGCUUAUCUGCUCCAGUAAUUCCACAGAAUGUUCCCUUCCCAUCAAACUUCCACAGGGCUUCUUUCCCAGACUCAGCCGAUGGCUUUGAUCAAAGAAAACCUGACCCCUAUGAACUCUAUGAGAAGUCCAGAGCUAUCUAUGAGAGUAGGCAGCAAGGCCCUCCAAGGACAGCGUUUCGAAUGGAUUCUACUGGACUUGAGUACCGAGAGCUGGAUGUUCAUCUCCGGAGACAAAAGUCUGGAUUUGGCUUCAGGAUACUGGGUGGAGAUGAGCCAGGACAGCCAAUUCUCAUUGGCGCAAUAAUUGAGAAAAGUUCAGCUGACAGAGAUGGAAGACUACGUCCUGGAGAUGAGUUAGUGUUUGUUGAUGGAAUCCCUGUGGCUGGAAAAACUCACAGAUAUGUCAUCGACCUUAUGCAUGGUGCUGCGCGAAAUGGACAGGUCAAUCUCACUGUGAAAAGAAAAGUGCAAGGCACGGGUGAGCCAUGUCCAGAGAAUGGCAGGAGCCCUGGGUCUGUCUCCACACAGCACAGCUCUCCCAGAAGUGACUUCACUGCAACCACCUUUCCCAACAAUACACAUCAGCCCAAUGCUGGCACUUCAUCUCCAGAGGGCUUCGUAUCCCACAGUCUACAAACCAAUGAUGUUGUUAUUCAUCGCAAAGAGAAUGAGGGCUUUGGCUUUGUCAUCAUAAGUUCAUUGAAUCGACCUGAGUCUGGUUCUACCAUCACUGUGCCCCACAAAAUUGGAAGGAUAAUUGAAGGCAGCCCAGCAGACCGCUGCGGGAAGCUGAAAGUGGGAGACCGGAUCCUGGCGGUGAACAGCCAGUCCAUCAUUAACAUGCCUCAUGCCGACAUUGUGAAAUUGAUUAAGGAUGCUGGCCUGAGUGUGACUCUGCGUAUCAUCCCUCAGGAAGCAACAGUAAAGGACAAGUUCUUCACCACUGUCAAUCUGCCAGUUCAUGGGCAUUACAGAUCAGAAGUAAAAGCAAGGCAAGAUGUGAAGCCAGACAUCAGACAGCCCCCAUUCACAGACUACAGGCAGCCCCCUGUGGACUACAGGCAUCCUCCAGUAGCAGAUUACCGACAGCCACCCACUUUAGACUAUCGACACCCUCCGCUCCUCGACUACCGCCAGCAUUCCCCAGAUGCUCGACAGUUUCCAAUACCAGACUACAGGCAACCACAGGACUUCGACUAUUUCACAGUUGAGCUGGAGAAGAGUAUGAAAGGCUUUGGAUUCAGUAUCCGUGGAGGACGAGAGUAUAAGAUGGACCUGUUUGUGCUCAGACUGGCAGAAGAUGGGCCUGCAAUACGUAAUGGGAGAAUGAGGGUUGGAGAUCAAAUCAUAGAAAUCAACGGAGAGAGCACAAGAGACAUGACCCACGCCCGAGCUAUUGAGCUCAUUAAGUCCGGUGGCAGGAGGGUACGGCUGCUUCUCAAGAGGGGGACAGGCCAGGUCCCUGAGUAUGCAGACAGCCCAACCCCCUGGGAUGCUCCCUCUACAACCUCCCCAACCUUGCCGGAAGUAGCCCCUUGCCUUGACACCAUGACCAUGCCAUUGCCUUCAUCUCAUCCAGCCCUGCCCUCUGAUCCCAUUCACCUGCUCCCCCUGGAGCCAGCAUGGGACACCAAGGGGGAGUGUGAAACCGCACGCAGGAGGGAGCCUUCUGCAGGUGGCAAGGAGACCAGCAGAUCCAUGGAGAAAGCUGAACAUUCACAAAGUCCCAGGAAAGCAGACCAGCUGAAGCCUGUUCAGGCUUCGGGCAAAAGGUCUGCCGAGCGAAGUGGGGGCGGCAAGUCGAAAGAAGGUGGCAGGCCCACCUCAGGAGGUAGCGCGAUUAGGGGAAAGGGAACUCCAGAAGAUGUAACAGACCAGGCGAAGCUCCGUGGAGCUGCUCCUGAACAGCAGGAUCAACCCAAGGCUUCGAAAACCACCAGGGGAAGGUCCAAGGAGAGGAAGGCAGAGAGUGCCACUGCUAGCGAGAAAAGACCAGCUGAGAGAUCUUCGAGAGGCAUCAAGCUAGACUUGAACGGAGGUGCCCAGAGCAAUGGCAAGAACCCAGGGAGCACCACAGAGCCGGCUAAGGAGAAACGUGACGGAGAGCCAACAAGGAUCUCCUGCGACAGCCGCUCCAGCUCCAGCCGUACCACUCAGAGCGGCAGCGGUGCAGCCAGGAAGUCCACCGUUUCACCGGGGCCAUGGAAGAUCCCGGGGUCUGACAAGCUGCCAAGCGCUCUGAAAUCUGGAACUUCCACUGUGAGCAGAUAACAAAAAAACAACCACAGACUCAUCAUCACUUUGCCACCUGUACCAGAUGCAAGAUGAAUAUUCCAUGUUUUCUAUCAUAUAUUUUAUUUAUAUUCUAUUUUAAAUUAUUUUAAGAUGAUAUUACACCCACCACCUUAAUAACUGGAAGCAUUCACUUUAAGAAACAGAAUGUGCAUAACAUAUGAUGGGGGCAUCAGAUUGCAUAUCGAAAUGGAUUACAAUUUAUGUAAUUAACCAGUUAUAUUCAGGAACUCUUUUAAGUCCUACAUUUCUCUACAGGGGGCUAUGGCAGCUAAGAGGGUCCCAAUCAUGAAGUGAACAAAUUCAAAAAAAAGGUUAACGACGUGCUACGAUGGUUUUUAUACAACAGGAAUUGUGUUUCAUCAAGAAAAAAACAUGAAGGAUUUGCCUCAUAGCGCCAUUUUGUGUUAUCAAGAAAAAGAGAAAAAAAAAACUGUGCACAAAAGAGGAUAUUCAUUAAUGGAACUCUGCCUUAAAUAAAAUUGUACUGAGAAAGCACUGACAUGGAGGAAAUCUCUAAUAAUUAUAAUAAUGGUAAUAUAUAGAACAUAGAUAUAUAUGAAUAUAUUAUAAUGUAAAUAUAGUCAUCUCAAUAUAUAUCUAGAUUGGUUAAUAAUAGUAUUUCAGAGACACUUUACAAGUAGAAUACUAAUACUCUAUAUUAUACAGUACUAAACCUCCCGUUCUUUGCUGGGUGUCUUGCCUGCUUUCUGGUUUCAGCCAUUUGGUAACAACAUGAAAUAAGCCAGCAAGACACACAAAUAGACUUGUGCUGUAAACUUCUUAGUCUGUUUAGUGUUUGAUCUACACCCCUUUUACUACAGUGAAGAAUGGGCAAACUGUAAUUGUGGGUAAUGUGAAAGAUUGAUUGAAUGACCAGGAAAAGAGUGACAAGCAGUGUCCUUCCCUGUGACUAAGAUGUGGCAGAGUGCCUUAUAAUGAAGGUGGGCUGCAGGGCCCCGUAUAGUAAUGAAGACUGUACCCAAAAACUGUUCUCUAACAUCCUUUUUAAGGUAAUAAAGGAAUGCACAUCCAAAAUUCA